UCUGCGGCGAGGGCGAGACGGCCAUGAGCCCCGCGGGCGCUACCUUCUUCGGCGUUCAGUUCGCCUACGAGUGCUUCUGCGGCUCGUCCACCGCCGACUACGACAAGCACGGAUCCCUUCCCGAUUCGGACUGCGAGUAUCUGUGCGAUGCUAACCCGGACCAGUUCUGCGGUGGGUUUUCUGCGAUGGAGGUCUUCACGAUCGAAGCCCCCGCCGAGACCGAGGCUCCCGCGACCUCACCCCUUGUGGCCCAGCCCAUCGAGCCCAUCGCCCCCUCUCCCACUACCACUCCAUCGGACGCCAGCUACCUCGGCUGCUACGUCGACUCGGAAACUGCACGCGUCUUCCCGGUCACCACCGCCUCCAGUGCCAUGACCUUAGCGUUCUGCGCCGACUUCUGCGCUGAGUACGCCUACUACGGAACGCAGUACGGGGAAGAGGUGUACUCGACCGGCUCCGACCCCGUGGAGACGCCGACGCCCGUCGCCGUGAUCGAGCCUACCGACCCCACGUACCUCGGCUGCUACGUCGACUCGCAAACUGACCGCAUCUUCCCGGUCACCACCGCCUCCGAUGUCAUGACCUUAGCGGUAAGCAGAAGAGUGUUGUGGCUGGCCCAGACGACCGUUGAAAACGUGGCAACCCGGGUCCCGUGUUUUGAUGUGGAGGCAUGAGAAGUAGGGUUAGCUGUUUAAGCUUUCGACCGUAGGUCGUAGCAACAUUUUGUGGUUGAUGUCGCCUUGUUGAACGGCUUUGACGCAUAUCAACUUGCGAUGGAUGAUCCUUGGCCCGUUCUGUCUUUGUUUUGACCUCUGGUGCAU